AUGAAUGGCACACCUCUUGGGGUUCUCACUAAUGGAUCCGGGUAUGCAAGUGAGUAUCAAGAGUGUGCUGCUCUGGUGGGUGAAGACCAGCCUCUUUGCCCAGAUCUUCCUGAACUUGAUCUUUCUGAACUAGAUGUGAAUGACUUGGAUACAGACAGCUUUCUGGGUGGACUGAAGUGGUGCAGCGACCAAUCAGAAAUCAUAUCAAACCAGUACAACAAUGAGCCUUCAAACAUAUUUGAGAAGAUAGAUGAAGAGAAUGAGGCGAACUUGCUUGCAGUCCUCACAGAGACACUGGACAGUCUCCCUGUGGAUGAAGACGGAUUGCCUUCAUUUGAUGCACUGACAGAUGGAGAUGUGACCACUGACCACGAAGCCAGUCCUUCCUCCAUGCCUGACGGCACCCCUCCGCCUCAGGAGGCAGAAGAGCCGUCUCUACUUAAGAAGCUCUUACUGGCACCUGCCAAUACUCAGCUGAGUUAUAAUGAAUGCAGUGGUCUCAGCACCCAGAACCAUGCAAAUCACAAUCCCAGGAUCAGGACAAACCCUGCUGUUGUUAAGACCGAGAAUUCAUGGAGCAAUAAAGCGAAGAGCAUUUGUCAACAGCAAAAGCCACAGAGACGUCCCUGCUCAGAACUUCUCAAGUAUCUGACCACAAAUGAUGACCCUCCGCACACCAAACCCACAGAAAACAGGAACAGCAGCAGAGACAAAUGCACCUCCAAAAAGAAGUCUCACACACAGACACAGUCGCAACAUGUACAAGCCAAACCAACAACUUUAUCUCUUCCUCUGACCCCAGAGUCACCAAAUGACCCCAAGAGUUCCCCAUUUGAGAACAAGACUAUUGAACGAACCUUAAGUGUGGAACUCUCUGGAACUGCAGGCCUAACUCCACCUACCACUCCUCCUCAUAAAGCCAACCAAGAUAGCCCUUUCAGGGCUUCUCCCAAGCUGAAGUCCUCUUGCAAGACUGCAGUGCCACCACCAUCAAAGAAACCCCGGUACAGUGAGUCUUCUGCUACCCAAAACAAUCACUCCACCAAGAAAGGGCCGGAGCAAUCUGAGCUGUAUGCACAGCUCAGUAAGUCCUCUGUGCUCAGCAGUGGACACGAGGAAAGGAAACCCAAACGACCCAGCCUACGGCUGUUUGGUGACCAUGACUAUUGUCAGUCGAUUAAUUCCAAAACGGAAAUACUCAUCAAUAUAUCACAGGAGCUCCAAGACUCCAGACAACUAACCUACAAAGAUGCCUCCUCUGACUGGCAGAGGCACAUUUGUUCUUCCACGGAUUCAGACCAGUGCUACUUGAGAGAGACUUUGGAGGCCAGCAAGCAGGUCUCACCCUGCAGUACCAGAAAACAGCUCCAAGACCAGGAAAUUCGGGCCGAGCUGAACAAGCACUUCGGCCAUCCCAGUCAAGCUGUUUUCGACGACGAAGCAGACAAGACCAGUGAACUGAGGGACAGUGACUUCAGUAAUGAACAAUUCUCCAAACUACCUAUGUUUAUAAAUUCAGGACUAGCCAUGGACGGCCUGUUUGAUGACAGUGAAGAUGAAAGUGAUAAACUGAGCUACCCGUGGGAGGGCACGCGAUCCUACUCGUUGUUCGAUGUGUCGCCUUCUUGCUCUUCUUUUAACUCUCCGUGUAGAGAUUCAGUAUCACCACCCAAAUCCUUAUUUUCUCAGAGACCCCAAAGGAUGCGCUCUCGUUCAAGGUCCUUUUCUCGACACAGAUCGUGUUCACGAUCACCGUAUUCCAGGUCAAGAUCAAGGUCCCCAGGCAGUAGAUCCUCUUCCAGGUCCUGCUACUAUUAUGAGUCAAGCCACUGCAGAUACCGCACACACCGAAAUUCUCCCUUGUAUGUGAGAUCACGUUCAAGAUCACCCUACAGCCGGAGACCCAGGUAUGACAGUUACGAGGCGUAUCAACAUGAACGGCUGAAGAGGGAGGAAUAUCGCAAAGAACAUGAGAAGCGGGAAUCAGAAAGGUCCAAACAGAGAGAGAGGCAGAGGCAGAAGGCAAUCGAAGAACGCCGUGUGAUUUACGUUGGCAAAAUCAGACCUGACACAACACGGACAGAACUGAGGGACCGCUUUGAAGUUUUUGGUGAAAUUGAGGAGUGCACUGUAAAUCUGCGGGAUGAUGGAGACAGCUAUGGCUUCAUCACCUACCGUUACACCUGUGAUGCUUUUGCCGCUCUUGAGAAUGGAUACACUCUGCGCAGGUCGAACGAAAGCGACUUUGAGCUGUACUUUUGUGGACGCAAGCAAUUUGUCAAGUCUAACUAUGCAGAUCUAGAUUCAAACUCAGAUGACUUUGACCCUGCUUCCACCAAGAGCAAGUAUGACUCUCUGGAUUUUGAUAGUUUAUUGAAAGAAGCUCAGAGAAGCUUGCGCAGCUAUGCACUGUAAAUGCAGCCUUCUUUUCAAAAACUGCUCAAUUUUUCUUAAUCAAGAAUAUUCAAAUGUAAUUAUGAGGUGAAACAAUUAUUGUACACUAACCUAUUUAGAAGCUGAACUUACUGCUUAUAUAUAUAUUUGAUUGUAAAAACAAAAACAACCAAACAACACAAAAGACAGUGUGUAUGUCCAUUGAGUGCAACCACAACCAAUGAUGCUUUACGUACUUCAUCCCUUCCUAGGUACGCUUCGAUCUAAACAUCUUGUCAAAAAGAAAAAAUAUCCUAGUUCCCUAAAGGUAUUAACUACUUCUGCGAUAUUUUUCCACAUUUUCUUGUUGCUUGUUUUUCUUUGAAGUUUUAUACACUGGAUUUGUUAGGGGAAUGAAAUUUUCUCAUCUAAAAUUUUUCUAGAAGAUACCAUGAUUUUAUGUAAAGUCUCUCAAUGGGUAACCAUUACAAAAUGUUUUUAUUUUCUCUAUCAACAGUAGUUUUGAAACUAGAGGUCAAAAAUCUUUUUAAAAUGCUGUUCUGUUUUAAUUUUUUGUGAUUUUAAUUUGAUACAAAAUGCUGAAGUAAUAAUUACAGUAUGAUUUUUACAAUAAUUAAUGUGUGUCUGAAGACUAUCUUUGAAGCCAGUAUCUCUUUCCCUUGGCAGAGUAUGAUGAUGGUAUCUAUCUGUAUUUUUUAUAGUUAUGCAUCCUGUAUAAAUACUGAUAUUUCAUUCCUUUGUUUACUAAAGAGACAUAUUUAUCAGUUGCAGAUAGCCUAUUUAUUAUAAAUUAUGAGCUGAUGAAAAUAAUAAAGCCAGUGGAAAUUUUCUACCUAGGAUGCAUGGCAGUUGUCAGGUUGGAGUGUAAGUUGUUCUUUUGGGAAAAAAAAAAAAAAAAAACCUCGGCUUUUGCAGAAGCAGUGUGCUUAAUUGCACUCGCAUGGCCUCUGACGUGACCAUCAUGUUGUUUCUUGAUGACAUUGCUUCUGCUAAAUUCAAUAAUAAAAAAAAAAUACCUUCAGAAAACAACCUUCAUUCCGACCAUCUGGAUUUCGUCUCAGUCUGGAGUCCCAGCUAUGGAAUUCCCUAAAGUUUGGAAUUGUGUAUUCAAGUUUCCAAAUUGAGAUUUGGUUGCUGUUCGGCUGACAUGACUUUUCUGGAAGAUGUGUGAUACCUACUACUUAAUGGUACUUUUUUUUCCUUUCUCUCACCCAACACGAUCUUAUGAGAUGGGUUUCACCCCCAGGCCGAUGCAGCUAAUUUGAUAGCUGCGUUCAUUUAUCACCAGCAUAUUGUGUUCUGAGUGGAUCCACCGUCUGUCCUGUCGGAUGCUUGCUCGAGUUUUUUGGCUUCUUAUUUCUAAGUAGAUAGAAAGCAAUAAAAAAAAUACUAUGAAAUAAAAGAACUUUGUUCACAGGUUCUGCGUUACAAUAGUAACACAUCUUUAAUCCGCCUAAUUCUUGCUGUUCUGUAGGUUAAAUGCAGGUAUUUUAACUCUUUGUGAACGCCAAACUCAAGUUUACAGUCUUUCUUUCUGAAUUUUGAGUAUCUUCUGUUGUAGAAUAAUAAUAAAAAGACUAUUAAGAGCAAUAAAUUAUUUUUAAGAAAUCGAUAUUUAGUAAAUCCUAUUAUGUGUCCAAGGACCAGAUGCGUUCUCUAUUUUGCCUUUCAAUAUAUGUGAUCCAAUUUUAAAUACAUUCGCUCUUUAUUUUUUUCCCCUGAAUUGUUGACAUGAGUGAGCUACUUGGUUUCUUUCUUUACUUAUCGAGAGGUAACACUAUAGAUGUCAUGGUGAGGAUUAAUUUAUCCCCCCGACUUUGGGCCUGACGAAUAUUGUUCCCAUGAAGAGAGUUUUCCUCUGUGACCUCAAAUUAUAUCUAAAAAUGAGUGGAGCUCUCAUAUCUUAUGCAGACACUGUGGGUAACCCAUCAAACUGUAAGCUGUGUUCUUUUGAAUUUUUUAAAAAUCUUUUUGAGGGGGAAAAGAAUAUUUCAAUAGGGCACAUGCACCCCAUUAUCAUUGGAAGCAAAUUUUGGCAUAGAUCUAUAGGAGAUAUUUUAGAUGACCGUGGGCCAUUGCCUUCGUACUGUGUGGUUAAGUACCACAUCAACAAUUUCGGUGACUGAACUGGUGCUUUUGAAAUGUGGGGGUUUUCACUAAAGAGAUGAAGCAGAAAAUAAUUCUUCCAGUGCAACACAAUCCUAUUUUUUUUCUUUUCUUGCUAAACAACUCUGUGAACAACAGUUGAGCUGUCAACAUUCAAGCAGCAGAGAGGAAACUUUGCACUAUUGGGGGUAUGAUGCUUAGGUCAGCUGGAAAAAAAAAGAAGCCUUUUCAUGCCUUUAGAUGUGAGCUUACAGUAGGUAAUGAUUAUGUGUCCUUUUUUUCUGAUGGCUGUAACGAGAACUUCAAUCACUGUAGUCUAAGACCUGAUCUAUAGAUGACCUAGAAUAGCCAUGUGAUAUAAUGUGAUGAUUCUAAAUUUGUACCUAUGUGACAGACAUUUUCAAUAAUGUGAACUGCUGAUUUGAUGGAGCUACUUUAAGAUUUGUAGGUGAAAGUGUAACACUGUCGGUUGAACUUAAUGCUGAAGGGAAAGUGAGCGAUGAGUUGAGCCCUGACUGGGCUCCUUUUCCACCUGCCAAUUCUACAUGUAUUGUUGUGGUUUUAUUCAUUGUAUGAAAAUUCCUGUGAUUUUUUUUAAAUGUGCAGUACACAUCAGCCUCACUGAGCUAAUAAAGGGAAACGAAUGUUUCAAACCUA